CCUCCGCGGCAGGGAUGGAGGGCAGCGGCGGGGCCGCCGGGCCGCCCGGCGCGGGGCCGGGGCCGGGGCCAGAGCUGGAAGCGGAGCUGGCGGGGCUUGCGCUGGGGCCGGCGGCGGGCGCCCCCCUCGGCUACCUGCACGUCCUGUGGCAGAGGGAGGAGCCCACGGGGAAGAUCCCGGCCCGCCGCCUGCGCAGGGCCGCCCGCCUGCACCGCCGGCUGGGCCCGACGGGCAAGGAGAGCCACGCUCUGAAAAGACUGCGUGAAGCUGCCAAUAGCAACGACUUGGACACAGUGCAGCAACUCCUGGAGGAUGGGACUGACCCCUGUGCCGCGGACGACAAAGGCCGGACAGCCCUGCACUUUGCCUCCUGCAACGGCAACGAUCACAUCGUGCAACUGCUUCUGGACCAUGGGGCUGAUCCGAACCAGAGAGAUGGGCUGGGAAACACCCCCUUACACUUGGCUGCCUGCACGAACCACGUUCCUGUCAUCACCACGCUGCUGCGCGGAGGGGCCAGAGUUGAUGCCUUGGAUCGAGCUGGCAGAACCCCGCUGCACCUCGCGAAGUCAAAGCUAAACAUCCUGCAGGAAGGACUCUCCCACAGCCUGGAGGCUGUACGUCUGGAGGUGAAACAGAUUAUCCAGAUGUUGCGGGAAUACCUGGAGCGUCUGGGGAGGCAUGAGCAAAAGGAACAGCUGGAUGACCUCUGCUCCAGGUUACAGAUGACUAGCACCAAGGAGCAGGUGGACGAGGUUACAGACCUUCUGGCCAGCUUCACAUCGCUCAGCCUGCAGAUGCAGAUGGAGAAGAGGUAAUGGGCUUCCAUAUCAUCUUCCUGAUGCACCAGGAGAAGCCUUAGAGAGAAAAAGAGGAAGCUGAAGCUUGCUUCCCGGAUCGCUGAGUAAACAUUGCUGCCAGUGGCCCUCCCUGCCAGAUCCACUCUCCAGUGGUGCUCAGACUGUCCCUGUGGGUGGUGCCACAGCUGCCUCACAGGGAGGCAGCAAGCUUUGGAAAACAGAGACAGCAGAGUGCUGCAGCUGAGACUCUUGGAGAAAAAAAUGCUGCUCUGUUUUUUAUCAGAUGGGCUGGCCCUGAAUAAGGUACCCCUUCCUGAGAUACUCUGCCUUGUCCUAAGCACGUCAGCUCAAUGUAGGUGGUGCUGAUGCCAUGUGCAGUCCCAAGCCCUGACUGGGUGCCCUCAGCAGCUGGCCAACAUCACAGAAAUGUUUGGAACAGGCACCUUUUGCCACCUCCACAGUACUCAACUGCACGGGGGAAAAAGUGGAUGCCUUGGACAACAGAAGGCUUUGUGCUGUGAGAAGAACACACACUUAAAUUUGUGCAUGCUAGCAGCUGAGCAAACAUACUGCCUUGAGAAACACACACCGAGGCUUAAUCCUAACCUUCUCCUGAGCCUGCAGUCCAAGAAUCUGUUUGGUUACAAAUGGGAUACAAAGCUUUUAAUCACUAGACUUAAAAUUUUCACUGCCCCAUUUUUUAAAUCACUGUUGCAAGUUAGUGCUUAAAUACUACAGCGAAAGACUUGCAAAAAAUACCCAGGCAGAUAGCAAGCAGGCCAGAGCUGCCGUGGUGCAAGAAUAUAAUUGAGGGGAGGGGUGUGACUUAAUCCUAGUGCAGUUUUAGACAUCUUGCAAGAAAACCACCAUAACUGUGGCUUCCUAUUCCUGGUGGACUUGAGCAAGAGGUCCAGUUGCAACAGGACGUAUUGUGCUGCCCCAGCAGCACCAAACCCAGAUCUAAUCCAUACUGUGUUUCUUGCUUGUCACGGAGAGGUGCUGCUUCAGGACCGAAUGUGCAGCAUGAGGAACAACGUUCUGACCUCUGCUGGGAGCCUGAAGUGAUGCAGCUAUGGAGGAUGCAGGGAAUUGCUCUUGCUGCUCACUUGCUUCUGCCCCGCUGUGGUUAGUAAUGACGAUGUAGAUAGCUUUUUUUUUUGGAGCACAGAUCCAUUAAAUCAUGUCAGUAGGGCACCACCAGCAGCAGGGUGACAAGAAGGUGUCCAGCAGUAAUCUGAGUUCCCACCUAAAAUGAUGUAGUGGCCUGGUAGCAAUACCUGUGCCACAGCUUGGGAAUCACAGGUUUGGAAUGGUUUAUUCUUAAGAUUUGGUUUCAGCAGCCACAGUCUGCAGCAUUCUUCAGAGACCUUCAGGUCAGCAGGUUCUCUAACAUCUGGGCUCUUGUCCAGGAGGAGGCUAAGUGGACCUCACGUGUUCAAAGCUGACGCACAAAAAGACACCUGGCUCUUAGAUGGGUUCAUCCGUGGGAUGCUGGAGACCAUGGCUGGUGUUACUAUGGACUGGUUAGGCUGGAGCUGUCACUAUGAAUACUGAUACUUUGUCACAAUACUCCGGAUGGGAAGGAUACAGAGGGGGUGGGAGACAAUCUGACCUUUUUGUAUUUUGAACUUCAAUAAAAUCCAGCCAGCCUUUUCAGACUCCUCA